GUUUUAUGACGUAUCAUUUCAAUGAUUGAAAAUGAUUUUAAUCAAUCCAUUGAUCAUUAGGUUACUAAAUUAUUAAUUUUAAUUUGUUGCUAUAAAUCAGAACAUGAAUUCUUCUUCAUCUUCGAGUGAUUAUAGUUUUGACGAAUGCUACUGUAAUGGGGUAGACAGUAAUACCGAAGACCGCAAACAUGCGUGGGCACAUCCGUUCUUUUAUAACACAACUCAACCCUUGGUAUAUUACACUCAAGUACAACCUGCGUGUAAACGACAUACAAGUAGAGAAAUACGAAAAGAUAGCCCGAACUGUUUUGUGAAAGCAUUUAGAUGGUACACUCAGGAGCACGUUCCACCUCAGAGGAAUCAAUUUUCGAACUUCAACUCUAAUGUGACCGGAUUUGCGGCUUGGCUAGAUACAAAAUAUCUGCAAUUUGUACGAGAGGGUCAAUUAAAUCAAAGCUCCCAUAUUUAUAAGUUGCAGCAAACAUCCAGCCUGGAGGCGUCUAAAACUAUUAAACAAACCAAUUCCAAGACAAGGAGAAAAAGGCGCGUAAAAAGCCCCUGGAGAAAACGUCGAAAUCAAAACAAGGAAGGUGGAGAUAUGACUCUAAAAUCACACCAUAGCUUCGAAUACAUUCUGCAACCGAAAGAAAUGACUCGUAACGUCUCGGAAUGGUGUCAACCGACUCCAGCGACCUUACGUAAUCGGUCAAAUAUGACUAAUGUGUCUAAUGAAGUUUGCAAUUGCAAAAAACCAGCAACGAAAUCUCUUAGCUUAACGAGUGUUUACCAGGACAAUAAAUCUAACGCAACCUUCUUGACAACAGUAAUACCUGAUGAAAAAAAAGAUACUUUUAACAAGCCAAAAUUUACUAGAACUCUGACAAGGGAUGUGUCUUGCCAAUGUGUCUUAAAAGUAGCGUCAAAAAUAUCUACAGGAACUCAAUACGAAAACUCUUUCAUAAAUGUUUUAAGAUCAGACGAAAUUGAAAUAAAAUCAAAAUUGUUAUCCGAUGAGAUUCGUCAGCCGAGUAGUUUGAAAUCACUCGUUGAAAUUCCCAAGAAAGGCACUGUUAGAAAAAUGGUGCGGGAAUUUGAUCCGAGACGACAUGUAUCGUGUCAAUGUACUGAUAAAACUACUAAGAUUGACGUUUGUUGUCAAUGUGAUGCUAAGUAUAUAACUUGCGAUAAAUCGAAUUAUAGUUCCCAAGAAACAAGCGUCCCAAUAGAAAAGCGUCUUUCAAAACAACUUAAGUCAGUCACGACGAAUACUGUGAUUGGAUUAAAUUCCAAUAAAAAUUCUAUUCAUAAUGCAGCGCAAACGUCAGAUCAUCCUAUUAAUUUGGACAAUGGCCUUAUUCAGCAGUAUCCAUUUUUCAUGAGAAUAGUUUGCGCUGAUAAACUGUGCGAUGAUUGUAAUAAUGACUGAAAUAAUAAUAUUGUUCGUUUUUUUAAAAUUCUUAAUCAAUCCUGUGACCAGCUAGAUUACCCAGAUAUAUUUUGUAUAAAUUAUUAUUUUUAUGUUUGUGUUUUGUUCAUGUGCU